AUGGUCUGCACUUCAGUCAUCCUUCAACUAAUUUUUGUCGGUAACCAGAAAAGAGUGUCUAUGCACUCACUUACACAUGGUCUACCUGAUCGAUCUUACUUGAGGACGAGCUUCGUCGAGGAAAAUGCUUUUAACCAAAAAUUGGCAAACCUACAGAUUGUGAAUACCCCCGUCACGGAAAAAUCGCGUUCUCAUCUGGCCGAAAUGUGUAGCCAUUCAUUCGACAAUCCCAAAGACUUGGUGAGAAAUCUGUUCCGAUCUUUUGAAAGCGACAAACGAUUGAUCAGGAAUGCCGACGCGUCGAGCCCAGACCAACGAGUUAAAUGCUAUAAUGACUUUGGUAGAAUCCAUGAAGAAAAUGGAAAAGUCCUACUUAGUGACAUUCUUGGAGGCAAAAUCCCUGGGUGCGGCCCCAAAAUAUUGGUCGAAAUUUUGAGUUCAUACCAAAUGCUGGUCACAGGAGAUCAUUCUAGAUACACAAGUUCUCAUGGAAGCCAUCCUUUCUAUUCUAUCACCGGUGACGUUCCCCUACCUCUGGAACCGGUGAUAGAUAACAUGCAACCAAUCGCAACUUUCAGCUUAAAAAACUGUUGGGAAAUCGCAGACGCCGAGAGCUGUUUGCUGCAUGUUGUUAUGGUCCGAGACGUAGUGAGGUUGCUUCUUUACUAUCAGGGUGCAAGCUUUUACCAAAUCAUUCCACCUCUCAACCAACAAGUAUCCAAAGGUGCCAUUCAAGAAACUUUGAAAAACUUCGACUUGGGGAAAUCACUUUCAUUGAUCAGCAAUAAUCUUCAAGACUUGCCUCUCGGUGGCUGUAAAACUUCGAGGGAGACUUUGAAUAGAAUGCUGCGGAAAACAGCUGCGUGCAUUAACAGCUUCAAGUCAUCUGGGAGCCCCGAGCUUUCUUAG